AUGAGCCCAACACAAGUGGCCAGUCCCAAAGACUCAUCAUGGAACAGCAUGUCGCCCUCACUGCAGUGUGGUUUGGGCAAGUUGAAGUUCAGAGCGGUGGAACCAGGAGCAUCACAAUUUGCAGUAGAACAAGGAAAUGCACCUCCAAUGCCUCUGUCCCAGGUCCCGUCUACCUGUGGCUACAGCGUGCAGAGGAACUCACAUGCACUUGAAAUGUCGGUUCCCUAUGAUGGCUGCAACAUGGUUCAAGAGGGUGGAACUCAGAUGCCUGGAUACCCUCCGAUGCCUGGAUACCCUCCGAUGCCUGGAUACCCUCCGAUGCCUGGAUACCCUCCGAUGUCUCGAUACCCUCUGAUGCCUCAAAACCCUAACAUGCCCGAUAAAACAACAGCAACGACCACACGGCCUAUAACUGCAAAUGCGACUCAAUACCCUCAGGUUCCUCAAUACCCUCAGGUUCCUCCAGACCCUCAGAUGCCUCAAAAUCCUCAGAUGCCUCCAUACGCUCAGAUGCCGUUUCCACAAUAUAUUCCGAUCUACCACUGUGAAACCAGAUCCCCCGCCCACACCGGCAUCCCAUCCUCCUUUUCAUCCCCAUCAGUCAUGCGCAACAGGAUGAUACGCAAGAGAAAAGGCGCUGGUGUUUACCUGGCUGCAGCUGUUAUUCUGACGUGUUAUUUUGCUCAAACUAUAGACUGUUAUCGUCUGAAGAAAACAGAAAGACGAGAAGGGAGAAAAGAUGCCGAUGCAACAAAUGAGUUCCAAGAGGGGACAAUUGUUUUCGGGAGAGCUUUUGAAAAAGGGUCAGGACUUGAUUCUCAAGUCACAGACGGGACCAAGAAGUCAUCCUCAAACGCUUAUGAGGAGGAUGAAGGUGAUUAUCAAGCAGACGCUGCAGGCUGGAUGAGCCCAACACAAGUGGCCAGUCCCAAAGACUCAUCAUGGAAGAGCAUGUCGCCCUCACUGCAGUGUGGUUUGGGCAAGUUGAAGUUCAGAGCGGUGGAACCAGGAGCAUCACAAUUUGCAGUAGAACAAGGAAAUGCACCUCCAAUGCCUCUGUCCCAGGUCCCGUCUACCUGUGGCUACAGCAUGCAGAGGAACUCACAUGCACUUGAAAUGUCGGUUCCCUAUGAUGGCUGCAACAUGGUUCAAGAGGGUGGAAGUUAUGUACUCCCGAUGCGUUGGCAAGGAAUUCCAGUAUCUCUCUGGUGUUCAAAACCUGCCUCAACUCCUGCUUCCAAAACGACUUUCCCCAAUUCCCCUGUAGCUCAGAGGCCUCAAUACCCUCAGAUUCCUCAAUUCCCUGAUAUACCACAGAUGCCUCAAUUCCCUGAGAUGCCUCAAUACCCUCUGAUGCCUCAAUACCCUCUGAUGCCUCAAUACCCUCAGAGGCCUGAAUACCCUCAGAUUCCUCAAUACCCUCAGAGGCCUGAAUACCCUCAGAUGCCUCAAAACCCUAAAAUGUCCGAGACAACAGCAACGACCACACAGCCGAAUACUGCAAAGGCGACUCAAAUUCCUAAAAUUCCUGCACUGCCUCAAAACCCUCAGAUUCCUCAAUACCUUCUGAUGCCUCGAUACCCUCAGAUGCCUCGAUACCCUCUGAUGCCUCGAUACCCUCAGAUGCCUCAAAACCCUCAGAUGCCUCAAUACCCUCAGGUUCCUCAAUACCCUCAGGUUCCUCAAUACCCUCAGAGGCCUGAAUACCCUCAGAUUCCUCAAUACCCUCAGAUUCCUCAAUACCCUCAGAUUCCUCAAUACCCUCAGAUUCCUCAAUACCCUCAGAUUCCUCAAUACCCUCAGAUUCCUCAAUACCCUCAGAUUCCUCAAUACCCUCAGCCUCAGGUUCCUCAAUACCCUCAAUACCCUCAGGUUCCUGAAUACCCUCAGGUUCCUGAAUACCCUCAGAGGCCUGAAUACCCUCAGAGGCCUGAAUACCCUCAGAUGCCUCAAAACCCUCAGAUGCCUCAAUACGCUCAGAUGCCGUUUCCACAAUAUAUGCCGAUGUAUCCUCCCUUUAAUCCUCUUCAUCCUCCCAAAUAUCUAGCUUCAAAGCCAAAACCAACUGCGGCGACAACACCAACUACAACUAAACCAAAGGCUAAAAAUCCCUCAUCGCAGCUUCCACCAUCUAUGCCUUACUAUCAUCUUUACCCUAUGACCCCUCCCUAUCCCCAAUAUCCAGCCACUCCAGCUAACACUGUGAAACCAGAUCCCCCGCCCACUCCGGCACCCCAUUCUCAUUUUCAUCCCCAUGUUCACUUGCCCAUACCAAUGCUGCCUCCUUUUCCUCCUCCACGCUACCAUACUUAAACAGUUCUAAUAAAAGUUUUGAACAGAGA